UGCAAACAUCUGAAGGUGUGAAGUUAUUUGUCGAUUGAUUUACUAAUAACUGAAACGUGGAUUAUUUAAGACUUUUCAGAAGUUUAAAUAUCAGUGUGAACUCUUCAGUCAAGUUCACAGAUACUACAACAAUUUGAAAUGGAAAAAAAAGUUAUAUAUAAAUGGACAGCUUUUGUCUUGUGGUGUUCAUGUAUUGUUGUGCUCGGAGCGUUCAUAGCUCUUAUGACCCCGAGGUUCUGUAUGUUGAGAAUCUGCACAAGAAAGGCUUAUGAUAUCGAAAGGCGAAUGGUCAUUUCCGAAGACAAAUGUCAAAACUUUGAUAGGUUUAUUUGUGGAAAUUCAGAAAAAUAUUGGGAACUCAACACGAGCGUCAAUUUUUAUUCCAUUUAUAAACUAAAGACUCAUACAUACUAUCAAGGAAUUCUUGGAUUGGAGCCGCCUUUACUGCCAGAUGCACAGGCAACUGAGACAAAAUACAGGUCAGAAACAAGUAUUAGCUUCCUAUAUAAACACUGCAUGAAUUCCUCGAUUGAUCAAGAAGGUUCGUAUGAGAUUGGAAAUGGAAAGUUGAAAAUGUCUUUAAGAGUGGUACCUGGACUCAUAGGUUUAAACACAGAUUACAAUGGUGGGUUAAAGAUUGCAGAAUUUGAACAUAUAUCUAGGAACCUCGGAUUUAACGGACAAUCUCUCUUUGCGUUUGACGUUUCUACUCACCAAGGAAACCCAAACGAGGUUGCGAUAUUUGUCGGACCACCUGUGUAUUCAGACUUUGAGGUUGAUGAUAUUUUAAAAAUGACAAAACACACUGACCUGUAUAACAAUAUAUAUGCAUUUGUAUUAAAACUUAGUACUGGACUCGAGUUAUUAGAGAUGGAACACUUGCGUAAUACAUUGGUGAAAUUUGAACAGAAAAUAGGAGGUGCUGUAAAAAGCUUUUCUACAGAAAACGAUGGUUAUGAAGUGUUGAGUUUAGAAGCUUUUGAAUUAAUAACGCCAUCAAUUCAAUGGAGAUAUUACUUUAAGAAAACGCUACUACCAGGCACAAAAAUCCCGACACAUGUAUUUGUGUCAAGUAAGAAUUACUUUUAUAAACUAGAAGAGAUAUUGAAAAACACAGAUGAUUAUACUGUAAUGUGGUUUAUGUUUCUAAAAAACUGCUUGGGUGUAGUAAUUACGUCAGGUAUUACAGGCAGUACAAAAGCCAAUGUCUUUGCUGAAUAUUUAGAUAUGGCUAGUUCAACUUUUAACGUGGAAAUAAUUGCUUUUAAGAAAAGACAUGAAUUUUGUGACAAAUUAGUUAAAAAAUAUUUUAAAGGAGCAAUUAGUUCACUUCUGAUUGAUAAACUCGGUGUUGACAACGGUGGUACACAAAUCCUACAUACAAUCGCAAGAAAAAUUAAAGAAGCAGCUAUUAUAAGAGUUAAAAAUAUUUCGUGGAUGGAUUUAUCAACAAAACAAAUCACUAUACAAAAAUUGAAGUCACUAAAAUAUACCCUGUCGGUACCUGAGGUCGUCUUUGAAGAGCUUUCGAGUUCGCACCGCCGAGAAGAUUAUCAUAAAAAUUAUUGUUUUGGGAGAUUCAACUAUCAAAAAUCAAUAUUUAACGCCAACAGAGUAUUGUUAAAGAAAAAUCUUCUCUUGUUACAACAAAAACCUUCAGGAUAUGAUGUAGACUACAAAAGUUAUAUGUCUGGGGUGAAUUACAACAAACUUACUAACGAGCUUAUUGUCCCUACUUCUAUUUUGCAAUAUCCUCUAUUUAACUAUGAAUUUCCUUUUAGUGUUAACUUUGCAGGAAUUGGAAUUGCAAUAGGACGAGAGAUCGUAAAUGCUUUCUUCUACAAUACAGAGACAAUCGAUGCAUUUAACAGCUCGAUGCACCACUGGUGGUCUAAUACCACUUUAAAUAAUUUCAACAAUAAAAUGUUAGAGUGCAAUCAGUAUCUGAGUAAUAUUACAAAAUUUAAUCCUCUUAAACACGAUACUGAACUGAUAAAUACGUUAUAUUCGGAAUUAAAUAGCUUGCAAUUAACUUUUCAAGCCUACAAAAACUACUUGGAAGAGAGUAAUAUACCAUACCCUGAUGAAACGUUUGAAGAUCUAGAUUUCUCUGAAGACCAAUUGUUUUUUGUCUCUUUUGCCAAUUCAUAUUGCUACUCAACUCAUAGUCGUGCUUUAAAAACAGUCAAUGGCUAUGUUGAAAAUUUGAGUAUCAUUAAACUCAUGAUGACGCAGAAAAUUUUUCGAAAAGCAUUUCGUUGCAAAAACAAAUCUAGUAAACAAAUCAAACAGUUGAUUGGCAAGUGUUUUUCUUUGUAGGUUUACUUGUUUUAUUAAACAUUUUAUGUAUUGUUUGACAUUUAAUAAACUCAUUAAGAAAUACAACAUUUAAAUUAAAUUAAAUAUUUUAAGUUUUUGUAAUUAUUUGUUCUUUUUUGCUACUUUAUUCAGUUUGUUAAAAUAACAAUUUUCACAUCAUGUGUCUAAAGAUUGAUUGUUAUCAUGUUAAUGUUAUCUAGUAAUUUCCAAAUAAAAACUUUGUAAUUUUAAAAUGUUA